AUGGCACUGAAUGAUUGUAACCGAAUAUCAAUAAUUUCACUAAUUAUUCCAAUUGCUCUAUGUAAAGGCGAAUAUUGUGGAGAGAAUAAGAUACCAUUUGGGAUUGAAGUUCAUCCAAAUGCUCAACCGAUUUUGCACUGUUCCCGUCCAUCAUGCUUUGAACAUCGAUAUGCGGAUUGCGAUGAUCGCGCACAACGCAAAUCGUGCGAAUCAAAUGACAGCUGGGUUGGAGGCUUUGAAAAGGGUUACGGAAAUCAUCAACCAUUGUAUGUGCAGUGUUGUUCGUUCGAAGGUUUAGCUGAUCAUUCUACUUCGCUUUACCAUACAAUCAUUAAACCGGGACAGUAUUUUGAAGGAGAGGAGCAAGUUGAAGAAAAAACUGAUACGGUUGUCUCAUUCGACGUUAUCACAGAUUUCAAGAUGAUUCGUCCUCCUAAUUUAUCGAUUUUUUAUGAAAUGACGGUGCGACGUUUGCGAUGUUAUGAGUUACCACCCGUGGAUAAGAUUAAACGUAUAAGACAUUGGCCGUAA